AUGGGCGAAAAAAUCAACGGAGAUUGCGUCUUGUUUUCCUUCUGGUCGGAUUCUACUCUAUAUAAGUGCAGGUUAUUACAGAGCGACAGCGUAUUUCGUUCGGUAGUAGAGUUUCUGUUUGCUGACAGCAUGUCUGGCCGUGGCAAAGGCGGGAAGGGGCUCGGGAAAGGAGGCGCCAAGAGGCAUCGUAAAGUGCUUCGUGACAACAUCCAAGGCAUCACCAAGCCCGCCAUCCGCCGCCUGGCUCGCCGUGGGGGAGUCAAGCGCAUCUCGGGGCUCAUCUACGAGGAGACCCGCGGGGUGCUGAAGGUCUUUCUGGAGAACGUGAUCCGCGACGCCGUGACCUACACCGAGCACGCCAAGAGGAAGACCGUCACCGCCAUGGACGUGGUCUACGCCCUCAAGCGCCAGGGCCGCACGCUCUACGGCUUCGGCGGCUAGAAAGUCUCCCGUCGCAACACACCAAAGGCCCUUUUAAGGGCCACCCACGAUUUCCGUGAAAGAGCUGAUCCUUUAUUUCAGAGAGGGUGGUUAAUCACGGUGAAAGUAAGAUAGAACUUAGCUUCGUAUGGUUUACAUAGCGAAACUGCAGGCUUUGUGAACAAACCCUUGUGGAAUAGAAAGGAGUUUAUUUAAGACAUUUGGCCGCUAAUGAAGAAAAAGAGCAAGAGUCCAGUGGCACCUAUAAGAGUAGCAAAAUUAGUGGUAGGGUAUGAGCUUUCUGGAGCCAUAGCUCACUUCUGAUACAGGAGGUAAUAUCGGUAGUUCUUCAGAGAAAUUACUGAUCAACCCAACCCAAGCCUUUAUUCCAAAAACGCACAAGUAAUUGCCCAAAUCCAACUUUUUCUCGACUGGACUUUAUUUUGCUUCUACACUCCCGCGAAGACCGUCUCAAGAACAAAGGCACAGCAAUUGCCAUAAAGAACGCAGUCUGGGUUCAUUCAUUAUCUAGUGCUGAUUGGAUGAGGAGAGACUGAGGCUUCUACCCAAUGAAAUCAAUGAGUGUUCCUUUCAGCCAAUGACGAAACAACUUUUUAGUAGAUGUUUUCGUUGUCCAAUAAAAAUGCAAUAAUCUCCAACUUCCAUGCCUUGCAUCAUGCUCUGUUAAAAUAAAGAAAAAAUAAAUUGUCAGCCUGCUGGUCCAAAAGGAAAAAAAAAAGAUCCAAACCCAGAACACAACCCACACAGUAUUUUUCACUAGGAUCCCACAAUUGCAUUCUUCUGAAAAUACAAAGAUGUUGUAUUUGUACUAUCUUUGGAAUGUUUUAUAUUUUUAUCUUCGGUGGAAUGUUAUCUUUUAUGCUCUCCUGAAUACCAGUAUCAU